AUGUUCGCCCGCUCUACCGCCCGCUUGUUUGCCGUACAUUGCUCUUCUGCUCCUUGUAAACCACUUCUGUACAAGUCAACUUCCGCUCUCGUCGCGCCCCGCUCUGCAUCCGCAACUGCGUUCCUCACCAGACCUUUUUCACACUACCCCGCCAAAAUGGCCCGAGAGUUCAAACUCAAAGGCUUGUCCAAGCUCGAACUGAAUGACCUAGAUAAGGUGGAGGCAGAGGUCGAAGGCAUUGAAGGUGGAAAGGUCCUGCUUGUCAGAAUCGGAGACGAAGUAUCGGCCCUCAACGCAAACUGCACACACUAUGGCGCUCCACUGAAGAACGGCGUGGUCACUCCUGAGGGCCGAUUAACCUGCCCGUGGCACGGCGCAUGUUUCAAUGUCAAGACUGGUGAUGUCGAGGACUCCCCUGCACCCAACGCACUGAACAAAUUCGAUGUGAUCGAGAAACCGGAUGGUGUAUACAUCAAGGGCAAAGAGGCGGACAUCAAGGGCGGCCAGAGAAAGGUUAACAUUAAAACCAAACCGACUUCUUCAGACAAGGUGGUCAUUGUUGGGGGUGGCUCAGGCACAUUCGGUGCGCUGCUCAAACUCCGAGAACUUGGGUACCCCGGUCAAAUCACAGUCAUCACGACCGAAGGAUACCCGAUCGACCGGACGAAACUGUCCAAAGCCCUCAUCACGGACCCUUCAAAGAUCUAUCUUCAGCCUGAAGAAUGGUACGCCGACGGCUCGAUCGAAUUCGUGUCAGACACAGUCACCUCGGUUGACUUCAAUGAAAAGGCGGUACAGACCAAGAGCGGCAUGCCGUACCCAUACACGAAACUCAUUCUCGCCAGCGGCGGCACGCCCCGACAGCUGCCACUUCCGGGCUUCAAGGACCUCUCCAACAUCUUCCUCCUACGCAAAGUCAGCGAUGCCCAAGCCAUCGUCAGCGCCGUGGGAGAUAAGGGCAAGAAGAUUGUCAUUAUCGGUUCCAGCUUUAUCGGUAUGGAAGUCGCCAACGCUCUGGCCAAGGAGAACUCGGUAACCAUCGUCGGGAUGGAGUCUGCACCGUUGGAACGAGUCAUGGGCACGGAAGUCGGCCAGAUAUUCCAACGGAUGCUGGAGAAGAAUGGCGCCAAGUUCUACAUGAACGCCAGCGUGGAAUCGGCAGUACCGGCUUCGAAACUGGCAAACGCGCUGGGCCUCAGCUCCGUGGGUGCCGUCAAGCUGAAAGAUGGAACCGAGCUCGAAGCCGACCUGGUGAUUUUGGGCAUUGGUGUUGCCCCGGCCACCGAGUAUCUGCGCGACAACCCGAGCGUCAAAUUGCUGGAAGACGGCAGUUUGGCAGUCGACGAGAACUUUGCUGUCAAGGGUCUCACAGACGUCUAUGCCAUCGGAGAUAUUGCGACCUACCCGUAUCAUGGACCUGGAGGAAACGGUUCACCGGUCCGGAUUGAGCAUUGGAACGUCGCACAGAACAUGGGCCGCAGCGUUGGCCAGCUCAUUGCACAGCCCGGCAGCAAGCCUAAACCAUUCAUUCCCAUCUUCUGGUCCGCCCUGGGCAGCCAGCUACGAUACUGCGGUUCUGGGGCCAUCGGAUGGGACGAUCUCAUUAUCAAAGGUGAGCCUGAAAACAGCAAGUUUGCAGCCUACUAUGCCAAGGGAGAUAAGAUUGUGGCCGUGGCCAGCAUGCAAAUGGAUCCCGUCAUGACAAAGUCGGCCGAGUUGAUGAGGCAUGGAAGCAUGCCGUCCAAAUCGGAGAUUCAGGGUGGCAAGGACGUGCUUCAGGCGAACCUGUAG